AUGACCAAAGAUGGAAACGUUGAAUCUAUGUUCUCGAGAUUCAGUAAAAUUGUCUGCGAACUCAAAUCACUUCGAAUGGUGUAUUCAAAUGCACUACAAGUCAGGUUACUCAUUAGAAGUCUUCCCAAGGCUUGGGAAACUAAAGCUGUCAUUCUUGAAGAUGGAGAUCUGCAGAAAAUGACAUACGAUAAACUUCGAGGCAACUUAAUGGCCUAUGAACAAAAUCAUAUUAAUAGGUACAACAAGGAUGAUAAAAAGGAGACUGUGGUAUUUACAACUGAAACAUCUAAAAUUGGAGAAGAAGCUGAUGAAGAUCAAGAUGAAGGACUGGCUCUUAUCAAUCGAGGAGAGAAAUCCAAGAAAACCUACAAAAAGGGAAUGUGGGCACUUAACAGUGGAUGCUCCAGACAUAUGUGCGGAAAGAAAGAAAACUUCAAAACUAUAAAAAGAAUAGAUGGAGGAUGUGUCAGGUUUGGAGACAAUGCUAAAGGGGAAGUAACCAGAGUUGGAACCAUUACACUUAGUUCAUCAUGUGACCUAGUCGAAGUGUAUCUGGUUGAGGGACUCAAGCAUAACCUCCUCAACAUUAGUCAACUAUGUGAUGCUGGAUUUCAAGUCACUUUCAACACAGCCAACUGUAUCAUCAAACAUCUUGAGAAAAAGCUAACUCUUAUUGGAGAUCGAGUUAAUAAUAUAUAUGUUUUAAAUAAUGUUGAUUUUCCAUCUCUCACUUGUAUUACUGCAGUCUCAAGCGAUCCUUGGCUAUGGCAUCAAAAGCUUGGACACGCAAGUAUGCAUGCUCUUGAAAAACGUUCUAGACUUGAACUAGUCAUUGGUCUGCCAAAACUAAAGUUUUAG